GAUCCUGAGUCAGCAACACCGGUGCGCACGGAGAGCCCAAACCGGAGCCGGUACCGGUGUUCUUGGAGAGCCCGAAGCGGAGCCGGGACCGGUGUUCUUGGAGAGCCCAAAGCGGAGCCAUCCCGGUGCGUACGGAGAGCCCGAUCGGAUCCACGCCGGUGUGCACGGAGAGCCCGAACCGGAGCCGGUACCGGUGCGCACGGAGAGCCCGAUCGCCCUGGUAACCGAGAUUUUCGAGAAACCGACCGGCCCCAGCCCGCUGCGCACGGAUUGCUCGGACCGGCCCCAUCCCGGUGUGCACGGAGACCCCCCCCCCGGGUCCCUCCCCGGUGUUCCCGGAGCUCCGAACCAGCCCGGUGCCGGUGCCACCCCGGUGGCUGUCGCGCCAUGCGCCCCGCAGCGCUCCCACUGCUCCUGUGCGCCGUGACCAUGCUCGCAGGGCGGCUGCACGCUUCCUUCGAGGUGUUCAUCGAGCCACCGGUGCUGGUGGUGGAGCACGGCGGGGCGGUGCGCCUCAAGUGCAGGACCACGUGCCAGGACCCCAGCGCCACGGGCGACGUGGAGACGUCCUUCUUCAAGCACCGGCUUGAGGCGUCAGGGCAGGGCGAGACGGUGGUGGAGCUGCGUAACAUCACCGAGUGGAGCUCCAACAUCCUCUGCUUCUACUCCUGCAACAAGCAGAGGAAGACGGUGUCGGCCACCCUCAUCGCCUACCGUAAGCGGCUCUGGGGUGGCGCCACCAGCCCCGGUGGCACUGAGCGUCCCCUUCACGCCACGUCUUGUCCCCCCCCAGGUCCCCUGGAGCAGGCGGUGCUGGAGCCAGUGCCGCAGCUGGCGGUGGGCGAGAGCCACAAGCUGGUGUGCCGCGUGCCCCGCGUGGCGCCCGUCCAGAACCUGACGGUGAUCCUGCGCCGCGGUGCCACCACCCUGCACACCGCCACCUUCGAGCACAGAGCUGAGAACAAGCCGCAGGACGUGGAGGUGACGCACGUGGUGACAGCGCGGCGCGAGGACCAGGGGCAGAGCAUCACCUGCCAGGCGCUGCUCGACCUGUGGCCCAGCAACGUCCACUUCAACACCACCUCCUCCCCGCAGGUGCUGGACGUCUACGAUUUCCCUGAGGAUCCCCAGCUGGAGAUGGGUGAGAUCUACCUGGAGACGGAUGAGAAGAUCAACGUCUCCUGCAGCGUCCGGCAUGUCUUUCCGGCGGCGCACUUUGAGCUUUCCCUGGCUGGCCACCCGCUGCCGCUCCAUGUCACCGAGGACGGGCUCCGCGCGGUGGCCGAGGUGUCCCACGCUCAGCAGGGACAAUUUGGGCUGGUUUGCAGCGUGCGGGUGGGACCCAAGGAGCGGCAGCAGCAGGCGUCGGUCCACGUCUACAGCUUCCCCCAGCCACAGCUGAACGUCAGCACCAGUGUCCCCAUGGAGGGGACGGAGGUGACCGGGCGCUGCGUCCUGCCACCCGGGCACUCCCCGGAACUGCAGCUGCAGGUGACAGCGGGUCCCCGCGUCCUGACUGCCUGGGGACCGUCCCCGCUGGCCUUUGCAUGGACGGCGUCGGAGGAGGAUGACAACACCAAGCUGGUCUGUGAGGCCAGGAUGCGUGCAGGCAACAAACCCACAAAGAGGAGCACGCCCGUGGGGCUCAGUGUCACUGCCCUGCCCAGAAUGGACGACAGGAGCUGCCCCCCCAGCCAGAACUGGACGGAAGGGGAGGAGGUGACGCUGCGGUGCCAGGCGCGGGGCAACCCCCGGCCCCAUGUGGCUUGUGACAAGGACGGGACGUCCGUCACCCCCGGGCUGCGGCACGUGGCCACCCGCGCCCACACCGGCACUUUCCGGUGCCGGGCCAGCAACGCGCUGGGCACGGCCGAGCGCAGCAUCACCGUGUGGGUGCAGUACCACGACGUCGACGUGGUGCUCAUUGUGGUGCUGGUGCUGGUGGUACUGGGCGCCCUGGUCAUCGCCGGCGUUGUUUACGGCAUCUACUACCGCAAGAAGAAGAUGCGUGAGUACCAGCUGCAGAAGCAACAGCGGCGCAUGGAGAUGGAGAAGCUGCGCUCAGAGGAGACGGUCGGCAUCAACGGCUCGGCACCGGGGAGCCAACCGUAGCCGCGCCGCUGCCAGAGCUGCCACAGGGAGCGGGCUGAGGGGCACCCCUGGGUGCCGAGCGCCGUGGUGGCACCGGGUGCCAGCGGGGA